AUGGCCUUGAGGAGUGGCAUGGGUAUGAAUGUGGGUGUAAACAUGGGCAUGAGCGUGGGUGUAAGCAUGGGCAUGAGCGUGGGUGUAAGCAUGGGCAUGAGCGUGGGUGUAAGCAUGGGCAUGAGCGUGGGUGUAAGCAUGGGCAUGAGCGUGGGUGUAAGCAUGGGCAUAGGUCGCCGUCACACCAGUCGACGUCACACCAGGUCGCCGUCACACCAGGUCGACGUCACACCAGGUCGCCGUCACACCAGGUCGACGUCACACCAGGUCGCCGUCACACCAGGUCGCCGUCACACCAGGUCGACGUCACACCAGGUCGCCGUCACACCAGGUCGACGUCACACCAGGUCGCCGUCACACCAGGUCGACGUCACACCGGUCGCCGUCACACCAGGUCGACGUCACACCAGGUCGCCGUCACACCAGGUCGACGUCACACCAGGUCGCCGUCAGCAGGUCGCCGUCACACCAGGUCGCCGUCACACCAGGUCGACGUCACACCAGGUCGACGUCACACCAGGUCGACGUCACCCAGGCCGUCACACCAGGCCGUCACACCAGGUCGACGUCACACCAGGUCGCCGUCACACCAGGUCGACGUCACACCAGGUCGACGUCACACCAGGUCGCCGUCACACCAGGUCGACGUCACACCAGGUCGCCGUCACACCAGGUCGACGUCACACCAGGUCGACGUCACACCAGGUCGCCGUCACACCAGGUCGACGUCACACCAGGUCGCCGUCACACCGGUCGUCACACCAGGUCGACGUCACCAGGUCGCCGUCACCAGGUCGACGUCACACCAGGUCGCCGUCACACCAGGUCGCCGUCACACCAGGUCGACGUCACACCAGGUCGACGUCACACCAGGUCGCCGUCACACCAGGUCGCCGUCACCAGGCCACCGUCACACCGAGCAGCUAUAACACCAGUUGUUUACUUUCUGUUCACCUGUUGUUCACCUGCCGUUCACAUGCCGUUCCUCCCUGUUGA